GUCUCCAGUGCGCGUUCACGCCCGCCAACACGUCCACGACUGUGUAAUUAAUGAGUUAAUUAAAGCAGAGUGUCUCCAUGAGUCUGCAGCAGCUUGGAGCAAAGCCAGGAGCAAAGCCAGGAGCGACACGUGUUUGCAGUCAUGACCAGCCAGAAGCCCAAAGCAGAGAGCCAGGGCGAUGAAGCUGAGGGUCCGGAUGGAGGCUGGGGUUGGGUGCUGGUCGGGGCCCUGUUUGUCAGCACGAGCCUCGUCUUCGGCCUGAUGCGUAGCUUGGGGAUCUUUUUUGUAGAGUUUGUUCAGUACUUCGAGGAGAGCGCUCAGGCCAUCUCGUGGAUCUCCUCAACAGGCCUGGCAGCACAGCAGUUCUUCAGUCCGCUGGGUGCUGCACUGUGUAACGCAUAUGAUGCCCGGGUGGUGGUGAUGACAGGCGGGUGCCUCGCCGGACUCGGCCUCGUACUCGCCUCGCAGGCCACCUGUCUAGUUCACCUCUACCUCACUAUGGGUUUAAUUUCAGGUCUGGGUUGGGGCCUGGUCUUCACUCCCAUGGUUGCCACAGUCAUGGCGAACUUCACUCGGCGGCGGACUCUUGCUUUAGGACUGGGGUUCUCCAGCAUUGGCCUCUCUUCCUUUGCUUUCAACCCGCUCUUCCAGCUGCUGGUGGAGAUGUACACCUGGCGGGGGGCCUUGCUGAUUCUGGGGGGCCUCAGCCUCAACAUCGUGCCCUGCGGAGCUCUCAUCCGACCACAGCGACGCUCCAAAGCUCCAUCACCAGUGGAUUCAGAGCACACUUUUUCAUUUUCUGCAGCGCUACAUCGAGUCUCCUCAUACCUGGAGCUGUCGCUGCUCUGUGAGAGGCCGUACGUCACCUACACCAUGGCUAUCACCCUUCUAAACGUCGGCUACUUUGUGCCAUAUUUCCACCUGGUGGCCCACAGCCGCCAAGUUGGCUUCUCAGAGUACCAGGCUGCUUUUGUCAUGUCCGCCGCUGGCACAACAGACAUUUUUGGCCGCGUUGUAUCGGGCUGGUUUGCAGACCUGGGUCACUUUAGGCUGAUCCAUCUACUGAGCUUGUGGACGACGCUGGCAGGGGUUUUCAUCAUGCUGCUGCCUGUGAGCUCCUUGUCCGGUUCCUACCCGGGCCUGGUGGUGAUCAGCCUCCUGUACGGCUUCUGCUCCGGGGCGCUGACCUCUGUGGUCUUCGCAGCAGUGCCCAUGGUUGUGGGUGUGGAGCGCAUGAUGGGAGCCCUCGGGCUGCUGCAGCUCAUUGAGAGCGGCGCAGGACUGCUGGGGACGCCUCUGUCAGGAUUACUCAAGGACAUCACAGGCAACUACAUCGCCUCUUUUGCGGUAGCGGGGUCCUUCCUCAUCCUCGGCACCUUUAUCAUGGCCACCCUGCCUCACUACUUCUCCCGCACAGAUCCACCACCUCCGCAGAGACGUUCCCUUGACAACAAAGAUAAGGGUCUAAAUCCAGAGAUGGAGCAAAUGAAUAGUUUGCCGUCUGACACGAAUCAUAAAGAAGCUGAAUGGACCGACAGGUGAAAUAAUUUGGAUCAGUAAUCUGCAAGAUAAGAGUUCAAGAGCCUUGUUGGUACUCUACAGUGUAUCAGUACCGACCUGAAGACACCAGCAGUAAAUACAGUGUCACACAAGUCACUGAAGGGUUACGUGUUUGCAUCAUACCUCCGUCUGAGAACCUACUGUGGAAACUCACGUACAGAUCGUAACCUCAGAUUAAUAUUUAGGCCAGUGCAGCUGCCUUGAAGAAGACUCUGGACAUGUAAAUGUUUGAGUUACAACGUAUAGAUGUGUGGGUGCUUAACAUCCACAGUGGCAUGACAAGCAAGAUAGGAAAUUGUAUGUUUUACUUCAGUUUCAUUACUACACAAACCAUCAAGUUUGCACAUUUACUGUAACAUACUUGACUGAGGAGCCAAGAAGCAGAAACCAGUUUAAUUAUCUUUUAAUGUAAAAUGUUAAUCAGACUCUUAGUAGUAGCUUUUUUUUAAAUGUUACACCUACAUGAUUCAUCUUUAAAUUUUCACUGUUCUCUGUAUAUUUAAGCUAAUUUAAUGAAGCAAUAACAGCAUUUAGCACAACUGUGAAUAAGAAGCGUGUGGACAAAUAGUCACUAAGCUGUCCAUAUGAUUCAUGGUCUUUAUGCUACUGUGUAAUUUGUGGGUGCAGAUUUAUGGUGCAGUGUCUUAAUAAUUAGCACCUCAACUCUGCGUCGCUCACCGUUAGCACUGAUUGAUCACUAGCACAGCAGCAGCUUGAAACAAGCAGCUCACACACCAGCACUGCCCCCCCCUCUUUCAAACAGGAACAUGAAUCUAUUGUUUAAGUGCAUUUUUCUUAUGGCACGAUGAUUGAUGACUAAAACUUUGUACUUUUGUUAACCAUAAACCUGCCUUUGUAAACAGAUAUUUGGCUUUUCUAACAGCUGACUAAACACCACAUCUGCAGGACAACAGGGUCACUGUGACCUGCUGGUUACUGGUCCACUAAUUUCUGUGAGGGUCCUGGGAAUGUAAAAGGCACUUGAUUGAAUAUCUUACUUGUUCAUGCUGGCAGCUACUGAACUACAGCGCUUCAGUAAAUGUUGAGUGGAAAAUGUCUUAAUCAGCUACAUGUUUCCUGGGAGAUUCAAAGCUGUGACCUUCUAGUCUUAAAACCUACCACUGAAACUUAAAAUAUGAUAUUUUUGCACUUUGUCUAGAAUAAAAGAGAAGUGUAUUUUGUUUAA